AUGGCACCAAUGGCCACCGAGAAAAUAGAGUGCCACUGUAAACACGACGACGGUAAGGCAACCAAAGAAGAAGAUGUACUUGAUGUUCAUGCAGUGUCUCAAAUGUGUCGUGACCAUGGCCGUGGUAUUUCGGCAUUUGAACGCAUGGACGAUCGCAAACCCACCAUAGAUUGCGACAAAGUCGACGCCGACGAUGGCUCUGGUGAUGUGCCCGACAUAUGUCCCGCCAUUAGCCAGCAAGCUUAUCAUUUUAAGUGCAUCAAAGGAUAA